CGAUUGGCUGUUUGUAUGACAACUGUAUUUUGCGCUCAUUUUUUGUAUUGUUUGUUGUGUUGAAUGAAUGUAUCGAUUGAUUGAAUGUUUUGUUUCGCCUUUAAUUGCAUUUCAUUUGCCAUUACUAUAGAGUGUUAUACGAGUUAUACAUGUGUUUGCUUUUGAUGUCCUGCAAGAGCUGAAGCCAUGACCGCAUAUCAACGCACCGGUAAUAGCGGUCACAAUGUUGUGACCACUCAUGAGUCGCCCGACGGGAACCACACUAUGAUAUCGCGACUAAUGGACACAUAUAUGAAGGAAUCGCAACAUAUUAUCAAAAGCAUUCCCGAGAUAUUUGAGAUCCACAAGCAUUUGAUCAACGAAUUGAACGCCAAAGACAUCGAAAACAAGGAAAUGUUGGAUGAGAUGCGCAAAGAGUUGGCCUUCAAUUCGGAGUCUCUUCGUCGGGAACAGAGGCGCGAAUACGACAAGGAUUUGGAGAUAAUGUCUCUGAACCGCAAAGCAUCGGCACUCGAACACCAAUUGGCCGAUAGUAAGGACCAGUUGGACGCACACAACCGUAUGGUUGCGCCACUCGAACAACAAGUGUUGGACACCAAAGAGCUAUUGGAGGCCAGGAGUCAAAAAGUUACAUCACUUGAGCAACAAUUGUCCGAAACCCGUGAACUAUUAGAAGCCAAGAGCCGUAAAGUAUCGCCACUCGAACAGCAACUAUCAGAUAAUCGAGACCUUCUGGAGGUCCAGAAUCGUAAGGUGUUGUCACUUGAGAAUCAAUUAUCUAAAACCGAAGACCUAUUGGAGGCCCAGAAUCGCAAGAUAUCGUCACUCGAGGAAGAGUUGUCGGACACCAAAGACAUGAUAGACAGCGAUAGGAGUGAUACAGAAAAAUAUCGACAAUUGGCUGAUGAAAGGCAGGAACUGUUGGACGAAUUGAAUGUAACCAACAAUGGCUUAACACAAGACCUGUCGAAAGCUAACGAAAUUAUUAGGAAAUUGCAGACAGAGAUGCAGUCAACACAUCAAAAGCUACUGCUUUUAAAUAAAGUGACGUCAAAACAAGAGGAGACGGUAGACCUGCACCACAACGCCGUACAGAAGUUGGACUCGGAUUUGCGGCACUGUUCCCAACAGUUGAAGGCCAGAGAUAAAGAGUACCAAACGUUACGCAAAGACUUCGAUGCGCUGAAAGGCAAAUGUAGUGAAACCGAGGCCCAAUUGACGGCCAAUCAGAAUAUCAUAUCGUAUUUAAAUCAACAAUUGAGUGAAUUGCAGGCAAAACACGGAAUCAAAUCAAUAGAUGUGUCAAAAAUAGCCACUCAAUCAUCACACAAGUCAACGCAUCCCAAAGUUAUCGCUCAAAGAAAUGCUGUCUUUGUUAAUAAGUCGACAAAAAAUGAUAAUCUCUUCAGAAGAUAA